UCUCAUGAGUUCAAUUCCUGCAUUGUCUUUCUUUUCUAUCAUUUGUAUUCAGUAAUAUUUUUUGGUGUAUUCUCUUCGUUGCUCACUUUCAUCUGCUGGCAGAUAUUUCAUUUCUUACCUCCUCCUCUUCCUAGUAUAUUCUUUCCCCCUUUAUCGAAUCCCUCAUUUACAUUCCUACAUACCCAAGAUAUGGCUUGGGGUGUGCUAGAUGACCCGCAUAUGGCGGCACCGCCAGGCACGGUGAAUAUUGGAGCGAAAAAUGAUACAGGUGACGUACCGAAAGAUGAGUCGUCAUUAAAACGAGACGGCAACAUCAUUCUCCAGCCCCAACCUUCAGACAACCCCAAUGAUCCACUGAACUGGUCGCGCGCAUGGAAAGAAUCUAUCAUGAUCAUUCUCGCAUUCAGUUCAGGAGUCACCACUGCUUUGGGUCCCAUGGUCACACCGGGUCUUCAAGUCAUUGCUAUGAAGUACAAUGUCAGCUUGAAUAUGGUCUCUAGUUUGAUCAUUGGCUUUUUGGCUUUCUGGAUCGGGUUCACGACGUUCUUCACGGCUUCAGGUGCUAAUAUUUGGGGAAAACGGCCCUUCUUCGUGAUCUCCACUCUCAUUCUGUUCGCAACCAACGUUUGGGGAUUCUUUGCAUCUUCUUUUGAAUCGUUGGCCGUCAUGAGGGUGAUACAAGGAAUGGCUUCAGCACCUUUGGAGACAUUGGUUACGUCGACAGUAUCUGAUCUGUUUUUCGUUCACGAGAGAGGUACACGCCUUAGCAUAUGGGGCAUGAUGCUGGCUUCUGGUGUACUACUUGGACAAACAAUCUCCGGCGUCAUCAUCCAAAAUGUAUCGUUUGAAGCAACUUUCGGAAUAUCCGCGUUGAUCUUCAUACCGAUCAUGCUUGUAGUAUACUUCGUCGUGGUCGAAACAACAUGGAAUGGCGCACGUGACAGCCACGACAUCAAGGUGGAAGAAAAGAACUCUUCCUGGACCGUCGUUACCGAAGGGAAAGAGCCAUAUAGACAACAACUUCGACUUUUCCGCGGUCGGAUAUCGGGAGAGUCAUUCUGGAAGGGUGCGUGGAAGCCAGUGCCUCUGAUCGCAUACCCGGCUGUGCUAUUCUCGACCGUUGUAUACGGCUCAUACUUCACUUGGUUGCUUACCAUCUCCGUCCUCUCCGUCACCGCUUUCUCCAUGCCCCCUUACAAUCUUAACCCAGCUCAGAUUGGUGCCACCAACCUACCACUUCUUUUAGUAGGUCUAAUUGGUUCGCCACUCUCUGGAUGGAUGGCAGAUGCCAUUCCGAAGUUCCUAGCACGUCGCAACGGCGGUGUCUUCGAACCGGAGUUCCGCUUGACCCUAAUGCUCAUUGCCACUCCUCUCGCAACGGCAGGUUUCCUAGGCUUUGGAAUGACCGUGAACAAUGGUGCGCCAUUGGCAUGGCCGGUAUUCUUCAUGUCUAUUCACUCCCUUUCUGUUCCGUUCGCGUCGCAGGCCUCUCUGGCCUACGUGAUCGACUGCCACCCCAAAGAUGCGAAUCAAGCUUUCGUCACAAUCAACUUCACGAAAGCUGUGUUCACAUUCCUGGCUACAACAUAUGCAAACGGGUGGAUGGCCAAUGUGGGACCUCUGAAUGUGUUCACCACCAUUACGAUCAUUAAUUUGGGUGUAUGCGCAUUGACUAUUCCUGCGUACAUGUACGGGAAGCGAUUUCGAAGUCUGGUCGCGCGAAGUAGCUUUGGCCAAAAGAUGGGAGGAUAAGCAUGCCGGAUCGUGUUUAUAUUCCAUUCUAACGCAUUGCGUCAUAUAUGUCCUAGAUGUGAUAAAUAUAGCCCACAAUAUAUAGUAAGAAACACUUGC